AUGGUGCUCUACUCCUUCUACAUCUUCGACCGUCACACCGAAUGCAUCUACUCGCGCCGCUGGACGCCCACGCGCCCGGCCUCGUCCUCCUCCAAGACGCCCCGCCCGGCCUCGACCUCGUCCACCCUCUCGUCGUCCCCCGCCGCCCGCGCCCAUGCCUCCGACGCCGAGAAGCUCAUCUUCGGCCUCGUCUUCAGCCUGCGCAACAUGGUCCACAAGCUCGGCGGCACCGACGACACCUUCCUCUCCUACCGCACCGGCGAGUACAAGCUGCACUACUACGAGACGCCCACCCGCAUGAAGUUCGUCAUGCUCACCGACACCAAGCUGAACAAUCUGCGCCCGUACCUGCACCAGAUCUGGGCCAAUCUCUAUGUCGAGUACGUGGUCAAGAACCCGCUCGCGCCCGUCGAGCAUCCCGGGGGCAUCGGCGUCGCGAACGAGCUGUUUGAGAGGGCGCUGGAGUUGUUUGUCACUACGGCGUUGCCGGCGUGA